AUGACUUCCACUACGUAUUUAAUUGUUGGUGCAACCAGAGGAAUUGGCUUUGCCUUCGCCAAGUCAUUGAGUGCAAACAAAGCCAAUUUGGUUAUUGGUACUGCCAGAUCUGAAGAGUCUGCAAAAAAGUUGCAAGCGCUUGGAUCAAAUGUAAAGACUUUUUUGAUUGAUAUGCAAGAUACUUGGGCUAAGUUUGAGGAUUCAUUCAAAGCCCUUGAAUCAUUGGCUCCCAAUGGUAUUGAUGUAUUUAUUCACAAUGCUGGUAUAGCUGGUCCUCCUUCUUUGGCACCUUCUUAUGCUUAUGAUGUUGAUACUUAUAAAGAGAUACUCGAAAUCAAUGUUGGUGGCCCGGCAAAAUCCUACAAAGCAGCUUACCAAUACAUCUUCAAAGGUGAAGGUAUCAAAAAAAUUGUGCUUGUCUCAUCUUCAGUUGGGCAGAUGGGUCACCAUAUUGGUGGGAAUGCUUAUAGCGCUUCUAAGGCCGCUCUCAACCACUUUGGAAUUCAGGUUUCACAAGAGAAUGCCGGCUCUGAAGUAGAAUUGAUCAAAGAUUCGGUCACUAUCUUGUUAUGCCCAGGGUUGGUUGAUACCGACUUUACGGCCCCGAUCAAGCAUUUGCUUCCACCCGAGGCAUUUCUGUCUCCAGAAAAAGCUGUCUCUAGAUGUUUGUCAGUGAUUGAGAAAAUUACCCCAACUGAUACCGGCAAGUUUUUUACUGGCGAAGGAGAAACGCAGCCAUUCUCUACAGUAUGA